AUUCAAACGCGUCUUGAUGCGUCUCUGGCUUUUUCGUCGCACGACCAGAGGCAAUCUCGCGUCCGCCACUCCUGUCGAUGCACCUGCAUCUGUGCCUCCUCCUCCCUCCUCACCAGUCCACUGUGUUGCGCGAAAACGAGGCUUUUCUUCCUCGAAGAAGAAGCCAACACACAUCUUCAUUUCACUUUUUACUUGGAGCGAGAGAAACGCAUCCCGCGUUUUCAUGGCCCUUUCGCUCUUGUGGAAUCUCCACCCCAGGGGUGUGGGCAGCACUGCCAAGUCGAUGUCUUGUCAAGACCGAGGUGGACUCGUCUUGAAACCACACAUGGCCUUCUCGGAGUUCUCGCCUUUUCGCCUUUUGGCUUCGACGGGCAGCUCUUCCUCUCACGAAAAAACAGUCUUCUGCAGUCUCUUUCAAACGCGGGGCUUCUGCUUUCCUUCGCCUCUCUCGUGGACAGAGAACUCGCUGCAGGCGCGGCCUCGUCGCGAACGUCUCGCCGUACCACAGGGACAGAGAGAAACACUGAUGGAUAGAGACUUGCCUCGGUCUGUACACCGUGGAAAGGGCAACCAUUUGAACGAAAAUCCACAUGCAGCUUUGCGUCGUUGUUCGGCGACUGCGGAAAUCCGUUCUGGAACUCUAAAGGGUGGAUAGCUUUUCUGCUGCACGGAAAAAGAGGAACGGGAGACACCACGUUUAGCGUGUGUCUGACGCAAAUUCAGAGAGAGGCCUUAAGAAGAUGAGAAAGGAGGGAUUUGGCGCGCCACAAGAGCUUCUUCUCUCCAGGUUCUUCUUCCUUUCUGUCAAAGGAAUUCUCCCCAUCUUCCCUUUCUCACUCGCCCCCCAUCGUGCCUAAUGUAUUGCCAACGCGGCAACCUCUCUGUGUUACUCAGAGAAGGAACCCAACAGGACGACCUGCUUCCCUCUUCUUCCUCCUUUUUUUCUUCGUCCUCUUCUUCCUCGUCCUCUUCUUCCUCGUCCUCUUCUUCCUCGUCCUCUUCUUCCUUGUCCUCUUCUUCCUUGUCCUCUUCUUCCUUGUCCUCUUCUUCCUCGUUCUCUUCUUCCUCGUUCUCUUCCUUCUCUUCUUCUGUCUCCUCUGGGUUUCCUUCACCCCUCUCUGUGCUGCUCUCUGGCGCCGGCAUGAGGCAGCGGGAGACUCUCUUGAGAGAAGAACAAAGGAGCGAAUCGGAGAAAAUCGAGGAGGGGAUCGCGUAUGAGCGCUUGAGAGUUCUGUGUGAAAAGCUGGCAUUGCUCUCGACUUCCUUUCCACGGACAUCAGGACGCACUGCGUCUCUCCAACAGCCUCGCGAAGAGGACCUUUCACAGCCGCAGGCGUCGACCUUCCUCGCCUUCGAGGAAUCAGCUGGAGGUCGCCGCCAAGGCAAAGCUUUUCUCGAAAAGGAACGACCGGGGAGACCGCGAGAAAGCAACUCUGUUUCCCAGGGAGAUGGAGCCGUGGAAGAUGCAGCGAAAGAAGGGAGAAGAAUCGAAAUCGUCAACUGUGCAUUUUCACUGCAUGCACUGGAGGCCUGGGUUCCCCAGCCGUCCCCCUGCUGUGCCGCCGCCGCGGCUGUAGGCGCCUGGAACGCGGUGCAGCAACUUGUCUUUUCUAGAGAACGAAGCGUACACGGAGAGAGGAGGCAGACAAAUAGAAAGAUCGAGGAAGCAGGGCCAGGAGGGUGGGCGGAAAGCGAGAGGCAGGCGCGGAAAGAAGAGAAGAAUGGAGGCAGAAAAGAAGAGGUUCAUCAGACUGGAAAGGAAGGCGCGACGGGCGAGAGAAGCGGCGACGAGGAUGCGGAGAAGACAGAAGCAGUCGAAGUGGAGAGCGGAGAGAGAGAUGGAAAUCGAGAGGACAAAUCGGGAGAAGGAAAUGGCCGACAAGUGACUCAGCAAGAAAAGGAAAACUUCUCUCGCGAGAACACCGGGAACGACCAAGCAGGCACGACAGAAGAGAAAAGAGACAAUGAAGAGGCAGCUGAGUCUUCCAUAGAGGCACUUCCUUCUGUUUCUUCUCGUUCUGCAGAAAGCGUGGAGACAGGACUGAAAUCUCUUCUCAGCGACGCGAGUGGCGCCAGACGAGCGAUGCGUUUUCGCCUCCUGUCUUUGAUUUCGUCUGCUUCGGAGAUGAAGGACAGAAGAAAGAGAGAGCAAGCUCGCGAGGAAUUAAUUCAACUCGAGGAAGAGGUCCUGGGGAAGCUGUUCGCCGCUGAAAUGGAAGCGAAGAAUGAAGAAGGUCGAACGCGACAAGACCAACAGCAGAAAACACAGAGCGAAGAGAAGGAAGUCGAGAGAAGAACAGAGGAAGAUAGGGUAAAUCCCAAGCGGCAGAAGGAAGGCGAAGAGGAGGAAGGGAAGACGAGAGAGAAAAAGAGAGAAAGUGGAUGCCGCCGAGGAAGCACGAGCGAAGACACACAAGUGAAACCCACAGGGGAAGAAAAGAGCAACACUGGAGAGACGGAUGGGCACGAAGAAGGAAAGAAACACUGGCAAGAGAAAGAAGAGAGCGAAGAAGACAACGAUGAGGGCAGUGACGAAGAAAGAAAGAAUCCGAAGGGAAGCGAAACUGGAAGACAGCAGACUCUAGAGUGUCUUACAGUCGACGCCACGGAUCGAGACACCAAAAGAAAACGAAACAAGGCUCUUCUCGUACGUCUUCUUCGUGGUAGUUUAGCGAGCUACUUUCCUUCCUCGAUAGAUGACAAGGACUCUGACAACCUGUCUCAGCAGCUCUGGUGUCGCGAUGAAAAGGUGCAGACGGACACCCGAACCGGAGCAGACGCAAUCUUUGAGCGAGAAACGCCCACCAACGAAAGCGUCGAGAUAAAGAGAGAGUGGAAGACUUCCGCAGAGAUAUUGGCUUGUUCCACCGCGUGCAGCAGGCUGCUCGGGGCGGUACGUACUCGACUGGACCUUCCAGAGGAAAAGAAAUCAGAAGAAAGAGGAGACACAGCGGGGAGAGAAGAAGAGACAGGCGAGAGAGAAGAAGACGACAGAGAGGACAGACGCGAUGGAACCAACACAGAAAGCGUAGGCAGAACAAAGCGAAAAGAAGAAGCAGAGAGAAGAAGUAGAGGAGACAAAGGAGAGAGGAGAAACGAAGAAGAAGGAGAGCAAGAAGGAGAAGACACGAGAGAGAGAGAACGGCAGAAUGGAGAGCACAGAGAAGGGGAGGAGGAAGGGAGAGACUCUUGCGUCAGAGAGAAGAGAGUCGCCGAGAAGAAGGAAAUGGAAUCGACACGCAAUGUAGAAUCUGAGGGGAGCGACAAAAAACAUGAAGAAGAGAAGCGCUCGAUUUUCCAUCGACAGGAGCUCCCAAAACGAUCGUCGCAGUCGCAGUCGGCAGUGUCUUCACCCCACAAAAGUGUCUCUUCUGGUCUGCCCUGGAACGAAUCGUGGAGCGUUCGGCGUCGACUGGCCUUUUCCCUGUGGCAUUUGUCUGCCUCUGAGACCUCUCAACGUGAAACGAAGAACGCAGAAGAACUUGUCGCUUUCUCGGCUCCUCGGCAGGCCAUGUUGACUCGAGAAGCAGAACGCGAGCGAGAGCUUCAAGCGCCACCAAACACUCGAGGAGGACUGGAGGGCACUCCACCCUUUUCUUCUGCUUCUUCUCGUCCGCUCGCCUCCUCAGCGCCCUCGGUUAGCUGGACGCCCCCCGACGCUGGUUCGUCUCUUUCCAGGGUCGUUCCUUGCUCUCCCUCAUCUUCUGGAUCUCCUCCUCUGUCCAUUCUUUGCAUGCAACUUCCGAACAGUUCGAGGAUACACCUUCCUCUCAGUCGGCUCUCACCCCAAGGAGGCGCGUCUGAAGAGCCGGCGGGGACGCAGAAGGCCGCAGGCGUAUCCACGAGCGAAGCUGCUUCCUGGGUCUUGGAGAGAGCAGCGACGAAGGAAGUCAGCAGAAGAAAAGAGAGUGCUCGUCGGAAGAGCGUAUGCCCCAGUGAAGCGGAAACGCCACAAGAUCAAGAAGGAGUGAAGGAAGAUGCACCAGGUAGAGAAGAAGGACAAGGCGAAGAAGUAGGCGAAGGCGCAGCAGAACGGCAAGAAGAAAAGAAAGGAGCAGGAGAAGAUGCGCGAACAUGUCCCGAAGAGAGGAGGCUCGGGAGGGUAUCGCAGGAAGAACAGGGACAGGCAAAUGAGGCCUGUGGCGUGGAGAGCGACGGCGAACGAGAGGCAGAGAGAGAGGAAGAAAGAAAAGCGAGAGAAGAACGAGAUCCGCGGACAGAACAGGGUCCAACUCACGUGAGUGGGGGGCGAGUGGCAUGUCGAAGAAGGGCGUCUUCUCGGAAGAGACGCAAGAACAAGAGCAGGCAUGGCCUUGCGUUCCACCGAAAAGUCAUGUCAGGCCUCGAAAUGCUGUUGCAGAGAGGUCAAGCAGAGAAGCGACUGACGUUCGCCAGACCGAGCACGAGACAUGUGGGGAACAAACAGCUGCUCGAGGCAUUUGUCGCCAUCGAGAAAAAGCGUCACUGGUGUCGGGGGGUUGCGAGAGCUGCCGAACGAAGGGAGAGAAGCAGUGACGAGGAAGAACCCGAGGAGCAGGCUGCGAGACAAGAGAGAGAGGGCCAGAGAAGAGAACGGCGCGGAGACAGGGAAGUGGAAGAGGCGGCGGAAAGAGAAGGGGAAGAGGUGCCACACGGAGAGAAGGCAGAAGGCGAGACGGCGGCGUUUGAGGGGAGGGAACGAGAGAAGGAAGGAAAAGAAGGAGACGGCGAGACUGAGAGCAACGAGGAGACAGAGAGCGUGGAGAAGGUACUAGACAGAGACAGACUGAUCUCGCGUGAAGACGGAGCCUUGAGCUUGGGAGGCGGGCAUGACGAGGGCGUCGAAGCGAAGCGAGAAGAAAAGGAAAGAGACGAACAUGAGUGGCUGGCGUCCACUUGGGUAUGUCCUCUGUGUGACCAUGGGGUACGAGCCUUUGCGUUGAUGGGAGGGCCAGGGACUCGCAGCAAGUGGAUCGUGGAGAGACCGAAAAGAAAUCACGAAAGGCAGAACAGAGAGACGCGAGAACAGAGCAUCCUUCUCGUGACUCUGAUCGAAGCGUUUGUUCCCUAGAGAAGCAUGCAAGCUCUCGCCUAGAGGCAGGAGCAGACGGCCGACGUCGCGACCGGGUCUUUGCAGUCACUCUCGAGCAGCCUGAGAUACGUGGUAUGCGUCAGUUUUCUUUGGAGUCCAGACGCCGGUUGUCGCCUGAGGGGGGUGAGGACGGUUUCCUCCGCGUUGCGAAGGAAACGAGAAACGAGGUGGACAGACGGCGCAGGUUAAGGAAGCGCGACGUGCUGACUGCUCGCAGAGGGCAAGCUCCCUCUGCCUGGAUUUCUUUCGAAGAACUUCGCGGUCUGAUGCUGCGCUGGAAGGGCUACCGGGUGUUGCAAAUGCAGAGAUGCUCUUUUUCACAAGACGCAACAACUCGAGAAGGGAACCUUGCACAAAGAGCUUGUAGGAAAUCAAAAGCAACGGCAACGAAUUUCACUAUCUAAAAACGCUUACAGAGAUGUGGUGGAUCUACACUGUUGUGAGGAAGAAAGAUACUGAGAGACUGUCGGAAGGCAUUCCGAGGACAAGUCCUUCCCUUGUGAGACAUACUGAAGGUGUGUCUGCUGUGCCGACAAUGUCAAUGCGCACAUACACAUACACACACACACACAUAUAGAUAUAUAUAUAUAUAUAUAUAUAUAUAUAUAUGUGAUUAGAGAGGGAUAUGUAGAUGUCUGCGUCUAUAAAGGUCGGGUGUGUGCGUGGUUCGAUUUCAGUCUGUUAUUCUUUUUGUCUGACCGGUCAUUGAAAUGCCCAGGUUCUGUGUUGACAAGGGACACAGAGUGUAACACGAAGGAGAGUUAAGACUCCAAUCGUUGCGCAGCUGCAUGCAGGGAAGUGGCCAUCGUGUUUUGUGGCGUUUUUUCUCUUUUCGGCGGAAUGAUGUCACCGCCGUGAUUUGUUUGGAGGAGAAGAAUGUACUUUGGGGAGCGAUCCUGAAGUGGAUAGCUAGAGUGGAGCGUGUUUUUCGUGACUGCAAAGAUUUACAAAUGUGCAGGCAAUUUAUCGCAAACCCACGUUCAAGAGAGAGGCUGGAAGUGUUGUAGAUCAUGGGGAGCUUCGGGGAACCGAGAAGGCUGAAUAGGUGAGCACCCCUCGUUUUCAUUUUCACGUGGAAACUUGUUUCGCGGUUGAUUUGCGAUGACUUUGAGAGUCAAAACGCGCACGCGUUCUCUGUUCGUGUGAGAGAUGCUCCGAGGAAGGCGAAAGGUGGAGAAAGUGUCGAAAAACAGAUGAAAUGACACGCGAGGAAAGGGUUUGUUAGUACCAGUAAAACAUCCUAGAUUCUGUGUUCUACAAGGCCUUUUUAGGACACGCUCUUUUGUUUCAUCUUUCGACACAAAGUUGCGAUUUUAUUCGUAAGGCACUUCUUUGACGAUGUCUGAAUAUAGUCAUGGAGACAGAGAAACACUUUUUUCUCUGCAGUGCGAUUUAGAUGUUCCCAAUAUCAAUAUGCGACGGCUUCACAGGCUUCUCGAGUUUCACGAUGGCUUCUCCUGGACAGACACACGAGGAAACCGACUCGAGGGAGAGAAUACAGUCAUAUGGUUGCAUAGACUUGCAGAU